AUGUUGCCAUUACCUCAACCAAUUCUCAAUCCCCUUGAACGAUUAGUCGCUCUGAUUACUGUAGCAGCCGACAACAUCGGCCUCGAAUCUGCCCUUCGUCAAAAGAGACUCCCAGAGCUGCUAUUAAAGGAAUCAUCUCAUGUCGAUCCCGAUGAUCUGAUAUUGAACGUGCAGGCCGAUGUUACGUCCGAUGAAGAUAUAUCACGCGAUUUCUAA